GCCACUUGGAAGCUCCUCAGUAAAUCUCACAGUAAAUCCCCUUCUGCCUUCAGCUGGCUUCACUGAUCUCUGGAGGAAAGUUUCAGGAAAUGCAACAGGUGGAGGAUCCGAGGGAAUGACCUGUGGACUGUGCUCUCGUUAGCGUCCCGGUGCUAACUGCUGCUGCUGCUGUGUGUACUUGAAGGUGCCUGGUGGGAGAGUCGGACAGGGAAACACGUCGCACUCUUUCACACGCAGUCAGGUGGCACCAUGGAUGACAACAACAGCCUCAAUGACUCCAACGUAAAGGUCGCAGUUCGUGUGCGACCAAUGAACAGGAGAGAAAAAGACCUAAAGACAAAAUGUGUGGUGGAGAUGGAGGGGAACCAGACGGUUCUGAAUCCAGCCAUCACCAACGUGAGCAAAGGAGACCCCCGAAAUCAGCCAAAGGUGUUUGCCUACGACCACUGCUUCUGGUCAAUUGAUGAAUCUGAAGACGACAAGUUUGCAGGUCAGGAUGUCGUGUUCCAGUGCCUUGGGGAGAGUCUGCUGGACAACGCCUUCAUGGGCUACAACGCCUGCAUCUUUGCUUACGGACAGACAGGCUCUGGGAAGUCGUACACCAUGAUGGGCUCGGCGGAGCAGCCCGGUCUGAUCCCUCGGCUCAGCAGCUCCCUGUUCAGCAGGACUGUGCAGGAGGCCCGGGAGGGGGAGAGCUUCACAGUGGAGGUCUCCUACAUGGAGAUUUACAACGAGAAGGUCCGAGACCUGCUCGACCCCAAGGGAAACCGACAAGCGCUGAGAGUGAGGGAGCACAAAGUUAUGGGGCCUUAUGUUGACGGCCUGUCUCGCCUGGCUGUGGCUUGCUACAAGGACAUAGAGUCUCUGAUGUCAGAGGGAAAUAAAUCUCGCACGGUGGCAGCCACGAAUAUGAAUGAAGAGAGCAGCAGAUCCCACGCUGUGUUCAACAUCAUCCUCACACACACACUCAUGGACCUACGGUCUGAGACGAGUGGAGAGAAGGUGAGCAAGCUGAGUCUGGUGGAUCUGGCCGGCAGCGAGCGGGCGGCGAAGACAGGAGCGGCGGGGGAACGUCUGAAAGAAGGCAGCAACAUCAAUAAGUCCCUCAGUACUCUGGGUUUAGUUAUCUCUGCCUUGGCUGACCAGGGAGCAGGGAAGAACAGGAGCAAGUUUGUUCCCUACAGAGACUCUGUGCUCACCUGGCUGCUCAAGGACAGCCUGGGAGGGAACAGCCGCACGGCCAUGGUCGCCACCAUCAGCCCCUCCGCGGACAACUACGAUGAGACGCUGUCCACUCUGCGUUAUGCCGACAGGGCCAAGAGCAUCGUCAACCACGCCGUCGUCAACGAAGACCCCAACGCCAGGAUCAUCCGAGAACUCCGGGAGGAAGUGGAGAAACUGAAGGAGAUGCUCACCGAGGCCGAGUCUAUGAAGGCCCCCGAGCUGAAGGACAGGCUGGAGGAGUCUGAGAAACUGAUCCAAGAAAUGACCGUCACCUGGGAGCAAAAACUCAGGAACACUGAGGCUAUUGCACAGGAGCGUCAGAGGAAGCUAGAGAGUCCUGGCAUCUCCCUCCAGUCUUCUCGGAAAUCCGAGUGGUGGAGUGACAAGUGCUUCCUGGUCAACCUGACGCUGAACCCCGCCCUCAACGAGCUGCUGGUCUACUAGCUGGAAAGGAGCACACGGCGCGGGGCUCAGCCCAACUCGCAGGACAUCCAGCUGUGGGGGAUGGCCAUCCAAGCCGAGCACUGCGUCAUCGACAUCACCGAGAGCAACGGCGUGGUGCUCAGUCCUCACCGCAACGCUCGAACGUGUGUUAAUGGUGCUGCAGUCACCAGUCCAGUGCAGCUUCAUCACGGUGACCGGAUCCUGUGGGGAAACAACCACUUCUUCAGGUCAUGAUCAUCUGCCGAGGCAUAUGUCCACACAGGAGCCGAGGAGGAGGACGAGGGCGGUGCUGCAAUGAAGGCGUGUUUGAGCAGCGACCGGCUGGAGGUGGACUUCGACGCGUCCAGCGACGUGUCGAGCGAGCUGAGCUUCGGUUACGAGUUUGCUCAGGCUGAAGUCAUGAUGAAAGGCAUGGGUAACAACGACCCUUUGCAGUCGGUGUUACAGACCCUGGAGAGGCAGCACGAGGAGGAGAAGCGCUGCGCCCUGGAGCGGCAGAGGCAGAUGUACGAGCAGGAGCUGCAGCAGCUCCGCCGAAGGCUCACUCCUGAGAAACCCUCCCACCUCCUGGACCCGACGGGCCUGCCGGCCAGCGCGGCCGCUGCCGUGACGUCUCCCAUCUCCCACAAGCGUAUGCGGCGCUGGAGCGAGGACAGGGUGAGGAGAAUAGAAGCAAUGAUGACUCGCAGCCUGCGGCGCCUGAGGGAGCAGAUAGUACGGGCCAACACGCUGGCACAGGAGGGGUUCAUAGCUGAAGAGCUUAGCAAGAGGACGGAGUACCUGGUCACUCUGCAGAUACCUGCUGCCAACCUGGAUGCCAACAGGAAGCGUGAUGCGGUUUUGAGCGAGCCGGCCAUCCAGGUCCGCCGUAAAAGUAAAGGGAAGCAGAUCUGGGCUCUGGAAAAGAUGGAGAACAGGCUGGUGGACAUGAGGGAGCUCUACCAGGAGUGGAAGGACUUCGAUGAAGACAACCCUGUGAUGCGGUCCUAUUUCAAACGUGCCGACCCGUUCUUCGAUGAACAGGAGAACCACAGUCUGAUCGGCGUGGCCAACGUUUUCCUGGCCUGCCUGUUCUACGACGUCAAGCUGCAAUACGCAGUGCCCAUCAUCAACCAGAACGGAGAGGUGGCAGCUCGGUUGCAUGUGGAGGUGUGGCGAGGUACAGAGGGCUCUGAAGAUGGAGGUCCAGCACAGGUUGACACUCAGCUGAGCAACACAGACAGAGAUCUACAGGAACGUAACCUGGACUGUGUGGUGAAAAUCCUCCAGGCCAACGGUCUGCCUCGCCACCUGUCCAACUUUGUCUUCUGUCAGUACCACUUCUGGGGGCAGGAGGAGGUUGUGUUCAUCGCUCCAGAGAUGGAGCCGGCCAGCUCGCCCUCCACCUCCAGAGACCCUCAGUGCACCGUGGUCUUCGACAGCGCCAAGGAGCUGUCGGUGCCAAUGUCGGAGGACUUUGUGGAGUUUUUGGCAGAGGGGGCGGUGGCCAUUGAAGUGUACGGUCACAAGCAGGCCAACCAUCGCAGGAACCUGGCACUGUGGGACCUCGGAGUGAUCCAAGCCAAGACCCGAAGCCUCAGAGAAAGGUGGAGUGAAGUGACCCGCCACCUGGAGUUGUGGGUGCAGCUGAUGGAGCUGAACGAGGCGGGAGACUUCAUCCCUGUCGAGGUUCUUCCUGCUGCUAAAGACAUACGCACAGGAGGAGUCUUCCAGCUCAGACAGGGUCAGUCCCGUCGGGUCCAGGUGGAGGUGCGUUCAGUGCCAGACUCAGGCACAAUGCCCCUCAUCACUGCCUCCAUCCUCUCUGUGUCCAUCGGAGACGUCAAGAUCCGACAGGCGCGUCUCUCCAAAGGCGGCGGAUCACAAUGGGGUGGGGAUGAAGAAAUGGAUAGCUACCAAGAGGUAGACCUGGAGAGGAUGAGGGAACAGUGGCUGUUCACGCUCACUCAGAGACAGGAGUAUCUGGACCAGCAACUACAGAAGAUAGUUUCAAAACCAGAUAAGUCAGAGGACGAUCUUGAACGGGAGUCCCAGCUGCUGGAAUGUCGUCUGACGCUCACCGAGGAACGCAACUCCGUCCUGGUGCCGUCGGCCGGCAGUGGCAUCCCUGGAGCGCCCGUAGAGAGGGUUCCUGUCCCUGGAAUGGAGACACACAUUCCCGUCCUGUUCCUGGAUCUCAGUGCUGAUGAUUUCCAGUCCAGUCUUUCAGCCCCGUUGGCCGGGGGGCUGGAUGCGCUGCUCAGUGGGGAGGAGGAAGACGACUUCUUUGACCUUCAUAUCGUGAAACACUACGAUUCAGAGGUGAAGGUGGAGGCCUCUUGGGACUCGACGGUCCACGAGUCCCCCCAGCUGAGUCGCGUGGCGUCGGCCGACCAGAGGGUCUACCUGACCGUCAGCACGGUGGUCCAGCUGAGCCACCCGGCCCACAUGCAGCUGGUGCUCAGGAAACGCAUCUGCGUCAACGUCACCGGGAGACAGGGUUUUGCUCAGAGCCUGCUGAAGAGGAUGUCUCAGCGCAGCACCAUCCCUGGCUGUGGUGUCACCUUUGAAAUUGUUUCUAACAUCCCAGGGGACAUCCAUGGUCCAGAGGACAGGGAGAUGUUGGCCAGGCUGGCCGCCAGCACUGAGGACGACCAGUCAGCUGACAGCGAGGCGGCCAUAGAGAAAUACCUCCGCAGCGUCCUGGCCGUGGAGAACAUCCUCACUCUGGACAGACUCCGACAGGAGGUGGCUGUGAGGGAACAACUGGCAGUCAGAGGAAAAGCUCCCAGACGCUGCCUGAGCUCUCCAAACAUCCACCGGCUGUCAGCCAGCAGUCUGGAUCUCUACUCAUCCACUCAUAGACUCGAUGACUUCAAGGGCUGGGACAGCCACCAGGACCUUUCUUUCGUGCCCCCCUCAUCUAGACGCACACUGCCCAGCUCCAUUACCCACAACCUGAACCCAGAGACAGUGCAUUCAGGCUUUGUUGCGUCUCAUCUCCCUCCAGUGAAGGCCGUACCCAAGCUGCUGAAAUCACUGCUUCCUGGUGGGAAGGAGGACGGUAGAGACCAGACGGCUGUCCAUCAGCAGAGUUUGCCUCGCAUCAUGGUGCAGUCGGCCAGUGUCGAAGAGGGCUUGAGCAAACGUCAGCAGCCAGUUCCCAUUGAGGAAAUCAUUCCUCCCGUCCUCCAAACAGAGAGCCCCAGAUCCGUGCCCCUCCCACCGCGAAUCAUCCCGGAGACAGAAGGCUCCGCGUCCAGCCCGGUGAGCGAAGCGUCGAGCGGAUACAUGUCGACCUGCAUAUCUACAGCAACGCUGUCAGACGUCUACACACUGAGCUGGGACCUGCCUCCGUCAUCCGGCAGCAGAACCAACGGCUUUGAGGUGGUGCCAGACGAAGAGGAAGAAAACAUUAAAGUGACACAAUCUGACGCUUAUCCCGAGUCUUUUCUUGUGGACCAAUCGGAGCCUCAGGAGUCAUUGCUGGUUUUGGACGAUAAGGCAGCGGAAGAGAGGACUCACUCGCCACCGUCCAAACCAGACGAUACUCCAUCAGAUUCUAACCUGAGUCAACAAGAAGCUCCGUCAGUCCAGUUGAAGGAGAAAGAAGAGCCUGAUUCAAUUGUGGAAUCAGACUUACUAUGCCAGACCAAACAAAAGCAAGACUCAACAAUUGACCCUAUUGGGUCGGAACAAUUAAACAAUUCGGAGCAACUUAAAGAUCCACUUUUAGUACAAGACAAUGAAACCAAACAGACCGAAUUUUCACAAACAGACCACUCAAGACCAGAAACCCCUCUCACGGUUGAACUCGAGCUAGCUGCCACAGACAAGACAGAAGAAGAACUCGAGCUAGCUGUCACGGACAAGACAGUAGAAGAACUCGAGCUAGCUGCCACGGACGAGACAGAAGAAGAACUCAAGCUAGCUGCCACGGACGAGACAGAAGAAGAACUCGAGCUAGCUGCCACGGACGAGACAGAAGAAGAACUCGAACUAGCUGCCACGGACGAGACAGAAGAAGAACUCGAGCUAGCUGCCACGGACAAGACAGAAGAAGAACUCGAGCUAGCUGCCACGGACAAGACAGAAGAAGAACUCGAGCUAGUUGCCAUGGACAAGACAGAAGAAGAACUCAAACCAGCUGCCACGGACGAGACAGAAGAAGAACUCGAGCUAGCUGCCACGGACAAGACAGAAGAAGAAUUCGAGCUAGCCGCCACGAACAAGACAAAAGAAGAACUCGAGCUAGUUGCCACAGACAAGACGGAAGAAGAACUCGAGCUAGCUGCCACGGACAAGACAGAAGCUGAACUGUCACUCCACUACGAAAGACAACCGCCUGCACAGGAAGAUCAAAGUCAGUCUGGAAUGAUUGUCCCACAGCUACAGCAGCCCGAACAAGACCAAACAAGCAUCAACAGUGCUCAAGAUCCAGCUCCAAACCUGGUCCCAGUUGUGUCCGAAGUGUUGGUUCCAGCUCCUGCCCCAUCUGGAGAUUUGGUUCUUCUUGCUUCAUCCACAGAACAAGCCACUUCUGAGGCCUCAAACCCAAAUGGCACCUCCAUCUCGACUUCCUCCUCAACCACAGAUGAAGUUCAACCUGCCAAUGCAUCAAAGAAAGCCUCCUCAGCCCCAGCUCCUUCUCUGACCACCGUUCAGCCUUUGAAACCGGAUAACUCAGCGGCAAACCCCUUCAAGAUCCAGAAAGUGAAGUCCUCAGACCUGAAGUCCUUUAAGCGCAUUGUGGACGAGGACAAAGAUAAGCCUGCGCAGGUGGACCGGGCCAGCAGCCUCGGGACAGGACUCAACAACCUCUCUGUGCCGAUGGAAAGCCUGGAAAUUAUCUCCGACUCCGAGGAAGGCGACGCAGCAGCAGUUCUUCUCGACUGGUUGAAAGAGGGGGAGUUUGUGACCGUGGGGAACAAUAAGAGCGGCACCGUCCGUUACGUUGGACCCACAGAUUUUGCACAGGGUACCUGGGUGGGUGUGGAACUGGAGGUACCAGCAGGAAAGAAUGACGGUUCAGUGGGCGGCAAGCACUACUUCCACUGUAACCCCGGUUACGGCGUGCUGGUAAGGCCAGGCAGGGUGAGCCGGGCCGGCGGCAGCGGGAAGCGGCGUCGCCAACAGCAAAAGCGCCGUAGCGCCAACCUGUCUGGAUCCAGCCCCAACCUGGCAGCCCUUACCGCCCUGGCCAAAGGCGAAGGUGGCGGGGCAUCGAGCGGCCGCGGCAGAGGAGAGAAUCGCAAGUCGUGGAACACCUAAGUGGGCACAGAAUGUGCUCUGACACGCAGCAGCUGGUCGACGUGGUUAUAGGGUAAACUUUCAGAAAAGGGUGCCGACAGUGUUUCAUUUUCAGGCUUCAUUGUAUCUCGUCCUUUACUGUAAGUUUGGACGACACAAGACGAUUCAGUCCACGCUCUGUUGGGAACCCUCUCGUCCAUCAGAUGUUCAUCACUCAUCAUCUAGUAAAGGACUGUAUCCGACCUAAUGUACUUAAUCAUUGAAAACUACAGAAAAAUAUUGUUUAAUCAGAAAAUGUGAAUAUUUUUUAGGUAUGUAGAUGCAAAUAACAAUUUCUCUGAAAUUAAUCUCAUUUUAAACCGUGGAUUACAAUCAAAGGACUUUUCUCAAAAUCAGCACAUUUUUCUAUUCAAUACGUUAUGCCACUUGUCGGUAGGGGUGGGAAAAAAAUCGAUUCACCUAUACUGUAUAUUGCGAUUUUCCUUUUUUUUUUACGAUUUUGAAAUUGAUUUCUUUAAUGCCAGAAUCAAUGUAUUUGCUUCAUUUGAGUCCAU